CUCCUUGAUGUAACCCUAGCUUCUCAGUCCAUACUCCAUCAUCUCCUCCUAUAAAUACUCGCACACUGCACCAGCAAAAAACACAACUAACCAUCAAGAAAGAAGUGCUACACUUCGUCCACUUCCCGAUUUCCCAUCACUUCUCUUUCCAAACCCCUUCCUCUCUCCCUCACAACCGCUCACCACAAACUCCGGCGAGCUCAAGAUCCAUCGAUCGAUCGCCUCAUCGUCCUCUCCACGAUGAGCGGCGGCGGCGGCGCCAGCGCUAGCGCUAGCGCCAGCUUCGAGCAGCACCCGAAGCGGCGUCCCCCGGCGCCUGGGCCGUCGGACCAGCAGCAGCAGCGGAAGCUGCUGAAGCUGUCCGUGCAGGAGGACGACGUGGCCGCGGGCGUCGUGCCGCCGGUGACGGUGGUCCUGGACGGGCGCUGCAUCUGCCACCGCGUCCACCUCAGCCAGCACACCGGGUUCCGCAGCCUCGCGGGCGCGCUCCGCCGCAUGUUCGUCGACACGGACGCCGACGACGACGGCGAGGACCACGGCCUCGACCUCUCCAACGCCGUGCCGGGCCACGUCGUUGCCUACGAGGACAUGGAGGACGACCUCCUCCUCGCUGGCGACCUCAACUGGAAGGAUUUCGUCCGUGUCGCGAAGAGGAUCCGGAUCAUCCCAGUGAAGCCAUCGAGACGAAGGAAGCAAUGUGGAGGGCUUAACAAUUAGCUGCGCAUGAUUAAUCAUCAUCACGUGUAAUUAGUUAUACCACACCUCUACUCUAUUCUACUGCUGUGCUUCUACUGUGGGUCUCCUCCGUUUGUGUCUCCCCUUGUAGUGUUAAAGCAAAUCAAGUUCUCGUCGCGGUCGAUGUGUCAAGCAACUCAGUCAAAUAACAGUUGUACGUGUGUGCAGCUCUCCGUGUCAACUCGUGACCCAAGUGUACCGUAUCGCUCUCUCCCACGAGCCAUGUCCUGUCCUUGACCUGAUGAUCAAUCGAGUCGAUGUGUUUGUUCUCGAAA